UGUUUAUGUGUCCCUGUAUAUUUUGCUAAACAUGCAUGCAUUAUUUGUUUAAUAGAAGAAAAUAUAUACAGGGCAAAGAAGUGCCUUCCAGGGGAAACGUUUAAAUUAGGUAAUUCUAAUUUUAACUUCUUAGUCAAAUGAUUGAAAUGCAAUUUAAAAAAAUAACCCUAUGUAGUCAAAUAUGAGGCAGGAAUGAGCUCUCCAGCAUGGGUAACAGUUGGCUUCGUGUUGUCCCUUGUAGAUUUUUUAUGUAACACUGCUGGUCCUGGGCCAUGAGUGAAUACCUCCAGAGUUGGGAUUGGUGGUCUGUGCCACCUCCAUGGACUCUUAAAAUUCACUGACCCCUAUCUUGUAGACUGAGCAAUAUAUAGUAGAAUGUUUUCUCAGUUUGUUAUAGUUUUCCCAACGAACAUCACCAGGAUGGUUAUAGAAGCAAGCCAAUGAAGAGGAUAGUUUUCUUUUGACAUUUAUGAAAAUAUACAUUUUUUCCAGAUGGCUUAGGAGAAAGCUAGGACCAAUUAGGCCCUAACUUUAAAAUGCAGGUAGUACAUUCAUGAGGAUGAUUCUUAGUUCUUUUCUGUUUAAUGCUUAUUCCAGUUGAAUGACUGGGAUUAGUGCCGAAAGUCUAUUAGCUUCCCUUAGAAUGAAGUGGGUCACACAGUGAACAGAAUCUGACUCAAAGUAGCAAUUGUGGCAGGUUCUUUGUUCAGAAAAUUCUAUUCCCUUUUCUCAUUUUCUGCUAUUAAAAUUUAACUCAUAACGAUGUGAGAGGUAUAAAUUAUGAAGUAACUUCAAUUUUGGUUCCUCACUCCCCCUACUUAGAAAAAUAAAUCCUAAAGGUCUGUCAUUUUCUCUUCUGUGUGUUUUAGUUGAAUAAAAGAAGAAUCAGAUGAUUAGCAUAAUGUACUUUUAAGUUGGACUGGACAAGUAAAGGUGUCAAAAAGAUACCCAGUAAUAGCUAACCCAUAGUUGUUCUCUGCUGGGAAGCCCAAGGUUAUCACUUCCUGAAACAAAGACAACCUAAAAACAUUUUUGAGGGUUUUCAGAUCUUUUAGCUCUUGGAAAAAGUGGUUUUAACGACGUUUCUAGAAGGAUAUAUCUUCUAGGAUUUUAGGGCCAAUUGACUAUGGAAUUUGUGCUUUUUAUAAUUAUAUCUGCUUUACAAGGAAAAGAAAAUUAUUCCCAAUUUACAUUGGUUUCCAGCAUUUGCUUUGCCCCAAUUAUUAUUUAUAAAAAAAAAUUUUGCCGUGUAUCAACUAAUACCGUUAAUGUUAAUUUUGCACUCUGAAUUACUUACAGAUUAGGCAGAGCUGAGGUAAAAGAGAUGUGACUUGAUAUUUUCUUUCUGUUCAAGUCCAUGAAUUCCUGAAAGGUCCUUGGGAUCUAAAAGAAGGAAAACUUAUUAAUCCUCUAAAUGGAAAGAAAGCAGUUUGGAAUUUGAUUAUAUGGCCUAAGCUGAAUAGAUGUAUGGCAAAAAUAAGUGCUGAUGCUUGUAGACCAUCACAUCCAUUCAGGGUUUUCUUCUCUUUCCACCCCUCCCCUCCCCCUUGACCAAGGCAUCUUUGAGUCUGACCCUGCUCUAACGGGGAAGUAGAGGGAGACAGGCCUCUUCUCCUGGGGCAGGUGGAGCAGAGAAAAUGAGAGAAACAAGGUUCCAGGAAGAUGAUUUUGCCAAGAAAAAGGAAUCCCGUUCUGCUUCCAGAAGUGGAAGUGCUCAUGGAUCUGGGAAAUCUGCAAGGCAUACCCCUGCAAGGUCUCGCUCCAAGGAAGAUUCCAGGCGUUCCAGAUCAAAGUCCAGGUCCAGAUCUGAAUCUAGGUCUAGAUCCAGAAGAAGCUCCCGAAGGCAUUAUACUAGAUCAAGAUCCCGGUCCCGCUCUCAUAGACGAUCCCGUAGCAGGUCUUACAGUCGAGAUUAUCGAAGACGGCAUAGCCACAGUCAUUCUCCCAUGUCUACUCGCAGGCGUCAUGUUGGGAAUCGGGCAAAUCCUGAUCCCAACUGUUGUCUUGGAGUGUUUGGAUUGAGCUUGUACACUACAGAAAGAGAUCUAAGAGAAGUGUUCUCUAAAUAUGGCCCCAUUGCAGAUGUGUCUAUUGUAUAUGACCAGCAGUCUAGGCGAUCAAGAGGAUUUGCCUUUGUAUAUUUUGAAAAUGUAGAUGAUGCCAAGGAAGCGAAGGAACGUGCCAAUGGAAUGGAGCUUGAUGGACGUAGGAUCAGAGUUGAUUUCUCAAUAACAAAAAGACCACAUACCCCAACACCAGGAAUUUACAUGGGAAGACCUACCUAUGGCAGCUCACGCCGUCGGGAUUACUAUGACAGAGGAUAUGAUCGGGGCUAUGAUGACCGAGACUACUACAGCAGAUCAUACAGAGGAGGAGGUGGAGGAGGAGGAGGAUGGAGAGCUGCUCAAGACAGGGACCAGAUUUACAGAAGGCGGUCACCUUCUCCUUACUAUAGUCGUGGAGGAUACAGAUCACGUUCUAGGUCUCGAUCAUACUCACCUCGUCGCUAUUAAAGCAUGAAGUUGAAGACUUUCGAAGUCUGCCCUAGAGUUGGGAUCUUGUUUGUGGACAAUAUUUUUUAUUGUCUCCUGUUUAAAAAGUGAACAGUGCCUAGUGAAGUUAGGUGACUUUUACACCUUUUAUGAUGACUACUUUUGGUGGAGUUGAAAUGCUGUUUUCAUUCUGCAUUUGUGUAGUUCGGUGCUUUGUUCAAAGUUAAGUGUUUUCAGAAAAGUAUGUUUUGCAUGUAUUUUUUUACAGUCUAAAUUUUGACUGCUGAGAAGUUUCUAUUGUACAAAAGUUCAUUUAAAAGGUUUUUCUACUGAAUCCAGGGUAUUCUGAAGAUCGAAGCCUGUGUGUAAAAUGCUACCAUAUGGUAAAAAGCAACAAUAAACUUUGGUUUUUACUUUUCUUUCUAACAUCAAUGCUUAGCAGAACUGUUCAGAUUAGGUUGUCAGUAGUAAAUUUCAAGACAAAAAUACCCAUUUUCCUCCAAUCCAUGAAACAUACUAUACUUAAUAUACCUGCAACUAAGUGUUAAAAAUUAUGCUCUGUAACCCUGUACUGCUAGUAUUAGAACUAAAGAACUUUCAAUACAGCAAAUGCUUAAUGCUUAUAUAAAUGUGGAUUUGUCAGCCUUUAUGUAAUCUGUAUUAUAUAAAGCAGGGAAUAAGAAAGAGGUACACAAUGUAUGCCUUUAAAAGGCUAUUUCUUAAAGCUGUUACAAGGGGAUAAUGGUAUUUCAACUAGUUAUCAGCAAGUGACAAUACAUUCCACCACAAAUGUACUCCUGUUCUUCUAGCUUUUAGACUAUGGAAAAAACUUGAGUGCUUCAGAGUUCUGGAAAAGAGAAGGGAACACUACACCUGUGUUGUGGAUGAACUGAAGACUUGCCUGUUCAUUUUUUAAAUAUUAUUUUCAGGUCCUUUGCUUACCAAAGGAAGCCCAAUUUCACUCAAAUGUUUUGAGAACUGUGUUUAAAUAAAUGCAAAUGAAAAGAGUAAAAGACUGGUACAAACUCAGUUUACAGAAAAGA